UAUCGGUUAGUCUCGCCUGGUGAUGAUUGUAAACAUGUCAGACUCCGGAGGCCCAACUUACGCUAGCUUGACCCCAGCCAACCCAACCAUCAUCAAUGGGUUGGCUGGGGUGGAUUUACAGACGGGUCAGCAGCUGACGACGCACCAGGCCGUGAUGAACAACACUGAACACACCAUGGUGAACAUGGUGAACACUGUAGGGGUGGCGACGGCAGGCGUCCAGACCCUCCCUCAGCACAAUAUGACUACUGUCAUACCCGCUGUUGCUCACCAGCAACCCCUUCCUGACCUAACUCCAGACACCAUGGUCAACCAUGCUGUCCACGUCGACAGAAAUACAUUAGUGGCCGUUUUACAAUUUUUGAAAAAGAAUAAUUUCAAGAGAGCAGAAGAACUUGUGAGGCAGGAGGCAAAUUUUUUUGAAACUGUAGAAGACUCCAAGCAGGGUAUUGGUGGUGAUGCUGAAGUGUCUAGUGUGCUUUCGGCAUAUAAGAGUGAGGGAGACCCAGCGGAGUAUGAAGAUGCAUACAAGAGUCUUCAAUCAUUUAUUGAAAAGAGCUUGGAUGCAUAUAAGCAUGAAGUCUCCCUGGUUUUGUACCCAGUGUUUGUACAUAUGUAUUUAGAACUUGUGUAUAAUGGCCAUGAAAAGGUGGCCAAAUCAUUCUUGGAGAAGAUGGGUAAUAGGCAAGAAGACUGCUAUCGUGAGGAUGUCCACAAGCUGUCUCUGGUAACAUUGAGGGACCACAUGACAGGAUAUCAGAUUAUGGAUAAUUUUAGGUCAAGUCAGUUUACAGUAAGGAUGUCCCGGGAUACAUAUUCACACUUGAAGCGGUAUCUAACAGAAUAUGGUGGAGGGCCAGUGCCUCGGAUAAUUCACGAUAGACUGUACUUGGAUGUGUAUGAAGGUGUUCCUCGAAGUCGCGCUCAAGUUCUGGCAACUGCAGGAGCACAAGAGGGGGAAGUGCCUAAACAAGUUAACAAAUCCAAAUUAUACUAUGGACUACUGAAGGAGCCAGAGCUGCCCAGCCUUCAUAUGGAGGAGGAGGAGGGAGAAGAAGAAGGGGACAAACCAAAGAAGAAAAAACCCAAAAAAGAUGCACUUCAAAAGAGCAAGAAGAAUGAUCCUAAUGCUCCACCUACCAAUAGAAUACCAUUGCCAGAACUACGUGAAAUUGAUUUUGUGGAAAAGGCCAAAGCAUUCAGAGAUGCUCUGAAGAGAGUGACGUUAAGUAAGGACACUCUUCCCUCAAUAUGCUUCUACACCUUCUUGAAUGCGACAGGGAACAUUACAGCUGUAGACAUAUCUGACGACUCCAGUCUCCUAGCAUACUGUACAUCAGACUCACAAGUGCGAGUGCAAAGCAUCACGCCUAGUAAAUUGCGCUGUAUGAAAUCUGCAGAGCAGUUGAAUGACAUUGACAAGGAUGCUGAUGAUGUUUUGGUGCGUAUGAUGGACGAUAGAACAGCAGAACCAGUUCGUACUCUACUUGGACAUUCUGGACCAAUAUAUGCCUGCUGCUUCAGUCCUGACCGUAACUUGCUUCUCACAGGUGGAGAAGAUGGCACAAUCCGUUUAUGGAGUAUGCAAACGUGGACGUGUCUAGUUGUGUACAAAGGACAUGUCUUUGCUGUAUGGGAUGUACGAUUCUCACCUCAUGGUUACUACUUUGCCUCUGGUGGACAUGAUCGAACAGGUAGAUUAUGGGCAACAGAUCACCAUCAGCCUCUAAGAAUAUUUGCGGGACAUUUCUCGGACGUCGAUGUUGUUCAGUUCCACCCAAAUAGCAAUUAUGUAGCGUCUGGGUCCAGUGAUCGCAGUAUUCGAGUUUGGGAUUGUUUAAAUGGAAAUUGUACAAGAGUUUUGACCGGUCAUAAGGAUGUAAUUGAUACCUUGGCAUUUUCUCCGUGUGGGCGUUUCUUGGCAUCUGCUGGCGGAGACAAGCGGGUUUUGGUAUGGGACUUGGCUCAUGGCCACCUUAUUGCAGAGAUGGCAUCACACACAUCAACAGUCUAUACCAUAGCAUUCUCAAGAGAUUGCAAUAUUCUUGCCUCGGGUGGCAUGGACAAUUGUGUCAAGCUGUGGGAUUUCAGUCGCGUUCUUGAAGAUAAUCAUGAAGAUGACAUAAAUGUGUCCAACAAUCCAGAUAUAAAACGAUGCAGUGAAUCUCUUCUUCUCGGCACAUUUCCAACAAAAAAUACUCCAGUUCUUGCAACACACUUUACCAGAAGAAAUGUGCUGUUGGCAGCUGGGCCAUUUGAUGGUACAGUAUAUAGCCAGCAAGCUGCUACAUAGUCGAGGACCGGGCCGCUGGGGACGCUAAGCCCCGAAACCAUCUCAAGGUAUGGUACAAUCUGUCAAUGACAGAACAGAGUGGACAGUCGGCCCAUUCAUUACACCAUAUUACUGCAGCUGUGCCACAUGCCUCUUGAGAAGAGCGAGCAGUACGGUAACACUUCGUAGAGUAGUGAGGCUCUGUAAUUGCAUAUUUUUUUUAAUAUUGUAUAUACAGUACAGUACAGUACUGUAUUAAAAAAACUAAGGAUC